GUAAAAAAUAUUAAAUUUUGCAAGUUCACGAUAUUUACCGAAUUGUUUAAAAAUCUUGCGAAUGUAGAAUAUUUGCUAAUAGUGUUUAUUAUUAAGUUACGCAAUAUGAAGUUCUUUGUUUGUUACUUUUUUUAUACCGCCAGUGUACUUGCAUUCAAUGAAUACAAAACUUCCAAAUUUCAAAACCAGUUGGGUGAUUGUGAACCGUUUACAGUGGAAUUUAUAGCGGGACUUGUUACGAAGGGGGCACGUCAAAUACUUGAUCCAGGAUCACGUCCACGCCAAAAGCAAUUAAGAUACGAUCUGUUUACGCGGUUGAAUCCAUACAAACGGGAAGUACUGUUAACUGGCGACCGCAAUCGGCUGUUGGCCUCAAACUUUAAUGCCAGCUGGGCUACUAGAUUCUCCAUACACGGCUGGAAUGGUCAAACGACUACAUGUUCGAAUGCUGCCAUCAAAGAUGCCUACCUCGCCAAGAGUGAUUACAAUGUAAUUCUAGUUGACUGGACAGAUUAUUCGCUGGACAUCAAUUAUAUACGUGUGGUAGCGGAAAUUUUCGAAAUCGCACGCAAAUUCAACGAAUUUACACGUUUCCUGCAGAGUCACACCGCCAUCCCGUUUAGUGAAAUGUACUUAAUUACGCACAGCGCUGGUUGUCACAUAGCUGGUGUGGCUGGAAAAUUACUACAACCAGAUAAGUAUGGCGUCAUCUAUGCAUUGGACACUUCCGGGCCCAUUCAUCGCAGAUUGGAUGACAAAUGGCGACUUGCGCCAAUGGAUGCCCUCUAUGUCGAGUCCGUGCAAAGUGAUGUGGCGCUCUUUGGUUUCCCCACCGACAAUCUAGCACAUGCCUCCUUCUAUCCCAACUGGGGGCUAGGUCAACCGCAUUGUCCGAAUGUGACCACCAUGGAGCCGGACUUUACCUGUGAUCAUUUUGGUGCCUUGUAUUAUUUUGUGGAGUCUUUGCGGAAUCCGCGGGCUUUUGGUGCCAUCCAAUGCAAGAAUUAUCAGAGUAUAGAAAGCUACAAGUGCGAUUGCGAUGCGGCACAGUGUACAGCGAGCGCCUAUAUGGGUGGUGAUCCAGCUGUACCAAAGAAGGGCGUCUUUUAUUUUAGCACACGGAAGACAAUGCCCUUUGGUUAUGGUGAAAUGUGUAGAAUGAAGAGACCGAUGAAAUCGACUAUAGUACGGAUACAAUAAUGGAAAAUGUUAGUAAAGAAGUUUUCAUAACUUUAUAUUCAGGAUCAAUUACUUAUCAGUAGCUGUAAUAAAGACACAUUGAAUGUUAUUGUAGAAGAAAGUAUUAAAUACUCAUACAAACAUACGCGGUUCAGAUUUGAAAUACAUACAGUACUCUAAUUUGUAGAGGAAUCGUUACGUUUAUGUUUAAAUUUUAAGUUUAAACAGGUGGCAACCCUCUUCA